CAAUACAAUUUAGACUUAGCCAUUAAGAGCGAAAAUGGAUAUGAUCAAAGUCCAAAUCAUCUCCACCGAAAUCAUCAAACCUUCCCCUUCGACCUCACCCCACCUAAAAACUUUCAAUCUCUCUCUUUUUGAUCAGUUAGCUCCUCCAGUUUACGUACCAAUCCUUCUUUUUUACUCACCUACUGAUGAUCUCAAAAAUCAUAGGAAAAGAUGGUCGGAUCACCUCAAGAAAUCACUCUCAAAAACAUUAGCCCACUUCUAUCCAUUAGCCGGACAGAUCAGAAAGGAUGAUGCUUUCACAAUUGACUGCAACGAUCGUGGUGCCUCCUACGUUGAAGCUCAAAUAGAAGCUGACAUGUCUGAUGUGGUUCUUAAUGAACCAGAGAUUGAUGUGCUGCAAAGGCUACUUCCUUGUGAUCCACUCGAAAAGUUUGCUGAUCCCAGUAGUCGGGUAAUCCUAGCAAUUCAGGUUAAUUACUUUGCUUGUGGUGGCAUGGCCAUUGGUGUAUGCAUUAGUCAUGUAAUUGCGGAUGCGUCAGCUGCAGCGAGCUUUGUUAAAAGUUGGGCAAAAACUGCUUCUGGAGUAAAUGAUAUUAACGUUAAUGAUGUGAUUUACGAUUGCACCUCUCUCUUCCCUCCGCAAGAUUCAACAGAGUUACAACAGUUCAUGGAAAAUAAAGUCCAAAUGGGGCAAGCCAAUUGUGUAAUGAAAAGGUUUUUGUUUGAUGGUUCGAAGAUAGCCGCUUUAAGAAACAAAAUCAGCAUGGAGCAGAAAGAAGGUGUUUACCAUCCCACACGCGUGGAGGCUGUCUCCGCCCUCAUAUGGGGCGCUUCGAUGGCUAUGGAGAAGACUGGAAAUAUUCCAAUGCAUGUGGCAGUAUUUCCAGUGAACCUAAGGAAGAUAAUGAAUCCGGUGUUACCUGAAUUGUGCAUUGGAAACAUCAACCAAGCUACCAUGGCAACUUCGAUGAUGGAGAAGAACGUAAAACACAGCAGUCUAGCUGGAAAAAUUCACGAGUCAAUAAAAAGGAUGAAAGAAGAGUAUGUGAGGAAGCGUGGGGAAUACUUAAACAUGAUGAUCAGAAAAAGCAAUACCGAUGAACAGAAGAAUGGUUCGGAAGCAAUGGUGUCCUUUGCUUUCAGUAGUUGGUGUCGAUUUCCAUUUUAUGAAACAGACUUUGGAUGGGGAAAGCCCGUUUGGGUGGGGACUGCCCUGCGGAUGAACAAGCUUGUCACUCUGUUGGAUGCUAGUGACGAUCAGGGAAUCGAAGCAUGGAUAGGUUUAACAGAGGAAGAAAUGACAAAACUUGAACAAGACCCCGAAAUCCUUGCAUAUGCUUCUUUCAGGCCAAGCAAGGGCUAAUUAAGCAAUUUGCAAUUAUCUGUCUCUUCAUUGUUGUUAGUGCUCACUGUAAAAUGGCAUUUGCAAGUGUAACUCUAUGUUAGUGCUUGGUUGUCCUUUUUUUUGUUAGUUUAGUUCCUUUAGUCAAGGAACCAAGUCUCUAGAUAUUUGGUAUGUGUAAGGUGUUUGAUAGAUUAGGUGGAGUUGUUAGAACAUGUUAGAAAAUAAGAAAUUUCAGAAAAAUGAAAAGGAAUGGUUAUA